UACAACAACAACAACAAAAAAGAAAGUUUCAAACAUGGAAAAUUUCCUCUAUGUGACACUAUUACUUGUCAUAAUCUCAAACAUCUCAGUUUCAUCAAAUGUAAACUUUCAUCUUUCUCUCAAUUACACAUCCGUUUUGCAAGCCAGAAAAAAUUUCAUGUCUCUUGAUACCUCCAAUCUUUCUUAUGAUUCACCAUAUUCUUACAGUCUUCCCAUUUAUCAUCGCGAUGUAUUUGAAAAAUCAGACUUCAAGGAUUAUGACUCAUUACUCGAUGCUCGUCUUGCUCGAUGCAUGGAGAGAUCAGUGAAUUUAUCUUAUGAAAAUUCUAGCAGAGAUUUUGCACAAGUUUACCCUAUAAAAACAGUAGUCUAUCCUUUACAAGGUGAAGUUGUAGUCCCCCUUUGGAUUGGCUCAAAAUUACAACGUGAACUUUUACUUGUUGACACUGGAAGUCGUCACGUUUGGUGGCAAUGUGGUCCAUGUGAACCAAAAAAAUGUUACAAACAAAGGAGCGACGAUUUAUAUUAUUCAACUGAAUCCACUACUUACCAACAAAUUGAUUGUGUGAAAGAGAGUGCAACUUGUAUCGCGGGAAGUAGUAUAGUUCAUUGCUCUAAAGAAGAAACAAAAUGCUUUUAUGAAGUAAAAUAUGGAUAUUAUGGAAGUACAAUUACUUGUGGAUUUAUGGCUUACGAGAUCAUAACAUUUUCUAAUAUAUUAGAUUAUGCAAGAAUUAUAUUUGGUUGUGGAAAAAAUCAAUUUAAGGGGGAUACAAAAUUUCCAAGAUUAUUUAGUGGAAUUGCUGGUGUUGGUGGUGGUUUAUAUACAAAUGGAUUUGAGACAUAUUCAUUACCAUCACAAAUUGGUGCAACUGUAUUUGCUUUUUGCAUUCCUACUCCAACUUCUGGCAAGUCCUCUACACUUACCUUUCACGAAACUCCUUGGAAAACAGGUCGGUCAGUAUUCCCUUCUUUUUUUUUAACUUAACACAGAGUUUAAGAAACUAAAUAUAUAUGGUGUUUGUUUAUUUAUUAUUUUAACAACAGGUAUAACGGCAAGUCUGAUGAGGAACAACAAGUUUCCUUCAUUUUACUACAUAUCAAACUUGGAAAAAAUAAUGAUUAAUAAUAGGGAAGUUCCUAUUGAUCCAUCUAAUUGGGAUUUGGGGCCAGAUAAAUAUGGUGGCAUAUUUAUUGAUACAGGAGCCUAUGUUACCUCAUUUCCUGAGGAUGUUUAUGUCAAAUUUAGGGAUAUAUUUAGGUCACAAGUUAAAAAUAUGCAAUUGGAUCCAAGUUCACCAACUUCAUUUGAUACUUGUUAUAUUAUGGGAGGUGAAUUUGUUAAUUGGGAUAAUUUUCCAGUUGUAAAGUUUUAUUUUAAAGGUAGUGGAAUACCUCUUGAAGUGAAACAACAACAAGUGAUGAUAGUAUAUAGGAAAAA